CAUGGGGAAUAUUUCUCUCACGGACGGAUCCAAACCACUUCAUUUUUCAACCAAACGCAGGUCCACAUGGAUCGAACCCGUUCCAACACACUUGUACCCUGGAACCAAACGCACGCCUGUAAAGCGCCAUGAAACAAUCCAGGAUAUCCCCGCUCGCCCGGUCGCUCCCACGGCAGUCGGCAGAUACGCGCUGUCCAGCACUCCUGGGCGCACUCGCCAAAGCACACGCCAAUCUUUCGGGGAGGAAAUGGAGGGCGCCGGCGCAGCGGCACCAACGAUCACCGCCGCCGCGACGGGGCGGCGGCCGGUGGUGCUGUACCCGUCGCCGGGGAUGGGCCACCUGGUCUCCAUGAUCGAGCUCGGCAAGAUCCUCGGCGCGCGGGGGCUGGCCGUCAUCAUCGUCGUCAUCGACCCGCCCUACAACACGGGGGCCACGGGCCCCUUCCUCGCGGGCGUCUCCGCGGCCAACCCGUCCAUCUCUUUCCACCGCCUGCCCAAGGUCGAGCUCCUCCCGCCCGCCGUCCGGACCAAGCACCAUGAGGCGCUCACCUUCGAGGUCAUCCGCGUCUCCAACCCGCACCUCCGGGACUUCCUUGCCGCCGCGUCCCCGGCGGUCCUCAUCGUCGACUUCUUCUGCAGCAUCGCACUCGGCGUCGCCAGGGAGCUCGGCGUGCCGGGAUACUUCUUCUUCACCUCCGGCGCUGAGGUCCUCGCUUUCUUCCUGUACCUCCCGGUGCUCCACGCGCGGACCACGGCGAACUUCAAGGACAUGGGGGAAGAGCUCGUGCACGUCCCCGGCGUCCCGCCGUUCCCGGCGACGCACGCCAUCCUGCCGCUCAUGGAGCGCGACGACGCGGCCUACGACGGCUUCCUGGACGCCAGCCCCGAGCUCUGCCGCUCCCACGGCGUCAUCGUCAACACGUUCCGCCAGCUCGAGCGGCGCGCCGUCGAGGCAGUGGUCGCUGGCCGCUGCACGCCGCCAGAACUCCCGACGCCGCCCGUCCACUGCAUCGGCCCGCUGAUCAAGUCGGAGGAGGUGCUGGGCAACGGCGGCGAGGAGUGCCUGGCGUGGCUGGACGCGCAGCCGAAAGCCAGCGUGGUGUUCCUCUGCUUCGGCAGCAUCGGGCGGUUCAGCGCGGAGCAGAUCAGGGAGGUGGCGGCGGGGCUGGAGGCCAGCGGGCAGCGGUUCCUGUGGGUGGUCCGCGCCCCGCCCAGCGACGACCCGGCGAAGAAGUUCGACAGGCCGCCGGAGCCGGACCUGGGCGCGCUCCUGCCGGAGGGGUUCCUGGCCCGGACCGAGGGCAGGGGCCUCGUCGUCAAGUCGUGGGCGCCGCAGCGGGACGUGCUGGCGCACGCGGCCGUGGGCGGUUUCGUGACGCACUGCGGCUGGAACUCGGUGCUGGAGGCCGUGAUGGCGGGCGUGCCGAUGGUGGCGUGGCCGCUCUACGCGGAGCAGCGGAUGAACCGGGUGUUCCUGGAGAAGGAGAUGCAGCUGGCCGUGGCCGUGGAAGGGUACGACGGCGAGAGGGAGCUCGUGGCAGCCGAGGAGGUGGCGGCCAAGGUGCGCUGGCUCAUGGAAUCCGACGGCGGGAGGGUGCUCCGGGAGCGCACGCUCGCGGCCAUGCGGCAGGCGCACGACGCCCUGCGCGAAGGCGGCGAGUCGGAGGCCGCACUGGCCGCGCUCGUCGACCAGUGGAGACGCGCUUGACCUUGACGUGGUAAAGUUCAAAGGUGCGAGAUGAUGCGGAUUCUGUGGGGAAGAGAUGGGUUGACGCGACCGGGGUUGGCGCACACUUGUUCACUAGGGCAGGUGGGCCAGCAGUCAUCACGACAUGGUCGUCGCUGACUCACUGUGGCGUCGUUGUGAGUUUGUUCUGGGGUCAAGACUCAAUAGUGUAGCAGCAGCAGACAUGGCUAUUCCUCUGUUUUGGAUGCGGAAGUGAAUAAACAUCGGUCAUUAGUGUUAGUGACUUGAGUA